AUGGACGCAAAACCGUCCGUCCAGAUGGACGAGGGAGAUCCUCCCACGGCCGGUCGCGAGCAAAACAUUGAUUCUUGGAAUUUCGACAAUCAAAGUGAAGAAUGGCGGACCGAACUCAACAAGAGGCUACUCCGAAAGGUCGAUAUACGGCUGAUGCCCACUCUCGUCAUCAUGUACCUCCUCAACUUCCUCGAUCGCUCCAAUCUCGCCCAAGCCCGUCAGGGAUCCCUAGAAGAAGACCUGGGGAUGAAAGGCACGGAUUUUAACCUGGCUACAUCAAUCUUCUUCGUGGGAUAUCUUCUGAUGCAGCUCCCGUCCAAUCUCAUCUUGACACGCUUGCGCCCAUCUCUCUACCUGAGCGCAUCAUGUUGUCUCUGGGGCGUGGUAUCGACCUGUAAUUCUGCCUCCCAGACAUUCACGCAUCUGAUUGUCAUCCGAUUCUUCCUUGGCUUUGUUGAAGCCCCAUUCUUCCCAGGCGCUGUGUUCUUGAUGAGCUCUUGGUAUACUAGACCUGAGCUUACUCGCCGAAUUGCCUGGCUCUAUUCUGGAAAUGCACUGGCCAAUAUGUUUGGCGGAGUCCUCGGUGCUGCUAUCCUGGGUGAUCUCGACGGUGCACAUGGUAUUUCAGGCUGGAGAUGGUUGUUCAUCAUUGAAGGUGUAGCUGCGAUAGGCUUCUCUUUCGUUGCUGCAUUCGCUCUUCCAAACUACCCACACACGACAAAAUGGUUAUCCGAAGAAGAGCGUGCCUUUGCAGCCUGGAGAUUGGCACAGGAUAUUAGCGAAGUAGAUGCAUACGGAGAGAGCACAGUCUGGGACGGCGUCAAAAUGGCUGUUCGGGACUACCGACUUUACCUUUUUGUCCUCCUGCAACACGUUAGCUUGAUCUCUCAGACGUUUCAAUACUUCUUCCCUACCAUCGUGGGGACUCUUGGCUAUGGUAAAAUCACGACGUUGUGGCUUACCGCUCCAGCUUGGUUCGCUACGUUCCUCCUAUCGGUGUGCGUCACGUUAAGCUCCGCCAAAACGAACGAUAGAUCUAUACAUAUCAUAUGUCUCAUGCUUGUGGCAGCAGUUGGAAACGCAAUUGCCGCCGGUACAACGGUAGUUGGAGCACGGUUCUUUGCCAUGUUUCUCAUGCCCAUGGGUGCCGUAUCUUCAUACCAAAUCAUUGUUUCGUGGGUUGCAAAUUCUUUCCCCCGUCCACUUGUCAAGCGGUCAGCGACUAUCGCCAUCUGCAACAUGAUCGGCAACACAGCAAGUAUAUAUGGGUCGUACAUGUACCCCAGCACCGACGGGCCCCAGUACACGCCUGGUGGUAGCGCCAAUGCGGCGAUAUGUGUACUUGUGGCUUUGCUGGCUCUUAUGCUGCGAUAUGUCCACAAAUGGGAGAAUAAGAAACUCGACAAGGCAGAGCAAGAGGCAAAUGCUGUGGAUCAGGAUGGAAAGAUGGAUGUGGCGACGACUGCCACACGAGGAACAGGGUUUAGGUACAUCUAUUAG